AUGAACCAAAUCCAAUGGACCUUCCAAACCUUUCGCAACGUUUUAAAGACAUGCAUAGCCGAGAGAGACCUUUUCACAGGCAAAGCCCUCCAUGCACUCUAUUUCAAGUCCCUCCUUCCUUCGUCCACCUACAUUUCCAACCACUUCAUCCUCCUCUACUCCAAAUGCGGCCGUCUCAUCUCCGCCCGGAACGCCUUUUCCGCCACCCAAGACCCCAAUGUCUUCUCCUUCAACGCCAUCAUGGCCGCCUACGCGAAAGAAUCGCAGACCCGAAUUGCACACAAUUUGUUCGAUGAAAUUCCCCAACCGGACUUGGUCUCUUACAACACCCUCAUUUCGGCUUAUGCUGAAAAGGGAGAGACUGAGCAGGCAUUGGGGUUGUUUAGUGGGAUGAGAGAAGUGGGUCUUGAUGCAGAUGGGUUUACUAUCUCGGCGGUGAUCACGGGUUGUUGUGAUGAUGUUGGUUUGAUUAGGGAGUUGCAUUCGUUGAUAGUUAAAGGUGGGUUUGAUUCGUAUGUUUCGGUGAACAAUGCGUUGUUGACUUACUAUAGUAAGAAUGGGCUGUUGGAGGAGGCGAAGAGGGUGUUUAAUGUGAUGGGAGAAAUGAGAGAUGAAGUGACAUGGAAUUCGAUGAUUGUGGCAUAUGGGCAGCACCGAAAAGGGUUGAAGGCGCUGGGGUUGUUUCAAGACAUGGUGAGGAGGGGGUUUGAUGUGGACAUGUUUACAUUGGCUAGUGUGUUGACUGCGUUUACUUGCGUGGAGGACUUGUUGGGUGGGCUUCAGUUUCAUGCUAAGUUGAUCAAAACCGGUUUCCACCAGAAUUCUCAUGUUGGGAGUGGGCUGAUUGAUUUGUAUUCAAAGUGUGCUGGUGGCAUGUCAGAGUGCAGGAAAGUAUUUGAAGAGAUUCCUGCUCCGGAUUUGGUUCUCUGGAACACAAUGAUUUCUGGAUACUCUCAAAAUGACGAGUUCUCUGAAGAUGCUAUUGAUUGUUUGCGGCAGAUGCAACGUGUUGGUUACUACCCUGAUGAUUGCAGCUUCGUCUGUGUGAUUAGUGCAUGCUCUAAUUUGUCGUCACCCUUCCAGGGGAAGCAGAUACAUGCCUUGGCAAUCAAAUCUGAGAUCCCUUCGAAUAGAAUUUCAGUGAAUAAUGCUCUAGUUGCAAUGUACUCAAAAUGCGGGAAUCUUCGUGAUGCAAGAAGGUUAUUUGAUAGGAUGCCGGAGCAUAAUACUGUCUCUUUAAAUUCGAUGAUUGCAGGUUAUGCACAGCAUGGGAUUGGAAUGGAAUCAUUGUGCCUUUUCGAACAUAUGCUUCAGACCGAUGUUGUUCCAACAAGUAUAACCUUUAUCUCUGUCCUUUCUGCUUGUGCUCACUCUGGAAAAGUUGAGGAGGGUCAGAAGUACUUCAGUAUGAUGCAGGAGAAGUUCAGAAUCGAACCAGAUGUAGGACAUUAUUCAUGCAUGAUUGAUCUUUUAGGUCGAGCAGGCAAACUGGGUGAAGCUGAGAGGCUCAUUGAGGUGAUGCCAUUCAGCCCUGGCACCAUUGGUUGGGCUACAUUACUCAGUGCCUGUAGAACACAUGGAAAUAUUGAACUAGCAGUUAAGGCAGCCAAUCAGUUGCUUCAGUUGGAACCUUCAAAUGCUGUUCCAUAUGUUAUGCUGUCGAAUAUGUAUUCUAGAGCUGGCAAAUGGGAUGAGGUAGCAAAAAUUAGAACGUUGAUGCGAGAUAGAGGAGUGAAGAAGAAACCAGGUUUAAGUUGGAUUGAGGUGAAUAAGAGGAUACAUGUUUUUGUGGCUGAAGAUAGCUCCCACCCAAUGAUUAAAGAAAUUCAUGAAUACUUGGAGGAGAUGUCAAUGAAGAUUAAGCGAGCUGGGUAUGUGCCUGAUGUAAGAUGGGCCUUGGUAAAGGAUGAUGAAACUGUCGAAGGAGAGAAGGAGAUAAUGUUAGGGCAUCACAGUGAAAAGUUAGCAGUUGCAUUUGGUUUGAUCUCGACAAGAGAAGGGGAGCCUAUACUUGUGGUGAAGAACCUGAGGAUAUGUGGUGAUUGCCACAAUGCAAUCAAGUUUAUCUCUGCCAUUGCUGGGAGGGAAAUCACUGUGAGGGACGCCCACAGGUUUCAUUGCUUCAAGGAAGGGCAGUGCUCUUGUGGGGAUUAUUGGUGAUAUUUGAGUGCGUCAGCUUCAGUUAUCUUUCUUCGAAAAUAGAAGAUUGGCUUUUGCAAGCAUGAAUGAAUUUCAAACAAAAGCAAUUAGCUUCUAAGUGGCUGCUGCAACAAGGUCAUUGUAUUUGUUCAUCAUUCAAGUUGGUUUUUUUGUACAAAUGUUUUGUACAAAACAUUCCGGCUCUUGGACAAGUUAUAGAAGUUGAUUCUUGAUCCUGAUUUUAACGUCACAAAACAGAUUUUUACCAGAGAAUGUCAAAAGAUUGAACCGGAUG